AUUGUUUUCACCUCUUUCACAGAAGAGUUCCACUCAAGUCCAAACUAUCAACACGCUUAAGUAGGAGCAAGCCAUGAACCGACAAGAGUCGAUUUUAAAAUAAACUACGUUCAGAUUGCCUUGAUCUGCUAGGAAAAUGGCAUCCAUAACCCAGCAAGUGAAUUAUCUUCUGGCCUCUGGACAGUAUCACACUAUUUUGUCAAUCAUCAAAGGUUUCAGAAAUGGGGCAGUGUAUGGUGCCAAGAUCAGAUUUCCCCACGCCCUAGUGAUGACUCUCCUCUUCAGAAGAGGAAGUUUAAAAGAAAUGACUCAGGGCAUACUAGAAGCCACCUUUACACAUUCCAAAAACCUGGCAUGUUUUGUGUUGGCCUAUAAGACCUUAACCAAUGUAAUGGCCUGGCUGGAAACUCAUGAGAAACAAUACCAGUCCUUUAUUGCUGCCUUUGUAGGGGGAUACUUUGUAUUCGGAAAAUACAACAAAGUUAAUGAACAGAUCAACCUGUACCUAUUGUCCAGGAUUCUAUAUGGCCUUGCCAAGUUAUCGGUAAAGCGUGGGUACAUUCCUGCUCCCAAAGCACCUGUGUUUCCCUGGUUUGCCGCCAUUGUGUGGGGUAUUGUGUUGUGGUUAUUUGAAUAUGAACGGGACACUCUUCAACCUUCUCUGAAGUCAUCCAUGACUUACCUCUAUCAUGACAGUAAUAGAUGGAAUAGCUUUAAGAACUUUCUUAUAUAUAACAAAUAAUUAGAUCCUCAGGUUUAAGAUACUUUAUGCAGAAUGUAAUCAAUUAUAUUUUCGUGAUUAUGCAUGAUUUUAUUUUUUAUACUCUGAAUACCACAGUACUUUUGAUCUGUCCAACUGAAUUUCUAAAAUUUUCAAAAAAAUGAGAAAAAAAAGAAAAGAAAAGAAAAAUUAGGUGAAUGAAUUUAGUAAAUAGUAAGGCACUUUUUAUAAUUCUUAAUUAUUUGCCAGUAUAUAAUUUUGAUGUAUAUAUUGAAUAGAAUCAAUCAUAUGAUUGAGCUUCUUAACCAUAAUAAUUAAACAUUACAAUGUCCGACAAUUGAACUACGGUAAAAUUUGAAUCAAAUUAAUAUAUUAAUUCCUUCCCAAAUCAGGAGUCAUUCGUAUUUAUUGUGUAUAAAAUGUGUGCUGAGAUUCUUUGAUCUGCAAACUGAUACAUGUAGUCACUACUGUAAUACAAAUUUAAAGCAAACACAUUUUUUUCUUAUACCAUAACUUUAUGCUUAUAUGCUAUUCUUUGUCACCAGUUAUCUCUAAUGAAAUGUGUACCUGAUAUACAUGUAUAAUUAUAUAUAAAUGUUUCAUUAACUGUAUAAGGAUAUUUAUCUUGAUAUGUACAUGUAACUUUGAUAGAUUUUAUGUAAAACCUGUAAUUACAUGCAAUGUUGAUGAAGAUUCCAAUGUGAUUAAUUAGUGAUUGAUCUUUCACCAUUUGUUAGCUGCAGUGGAAUUAAAUAAGUAAAGUAUGAUAAGACAAUCACAUACUGAACCAUUUAUAUGCAUUUAUUUAUUCUGUAAAAUCAUAUAUUGUGGCUUUUUGCAUAUCAUCUGUGUUUGAGAGCUCAGAGUUAUUUUUCACUGAAAAGAAGUAAUCAUGAUUGAAGAUUUUACACUUUAUGGGCAAUUUUUUUUUUGUUGAUGAAUAAAUGAGUAAAAUAUUUUUGUCUAUCAUCUUUUUCUCAUCCUCACAACUCAUGGGUCCUAAGUCCACUUGUGACCAUGGGAAACCCACUUUUUUUAAGGGGGGGGGGGGGGGGCUUCUUUCAUUGAGAUGCACUUGUCAAAAGUAGACAUAAAAAGUAAACAGAAAGAAAGCAGUUGAAACCUUCAUGUGCAUGUUACAGGUUGUUUCACCAAAAGGUUUAAUGUUAUUGACCAAAAGGUUUCAUGUGAUUGGUCAAGAGAUAAGAAAAACAAUCAGUAUUUGUAAUUUCCCUUAAAGACAUUGCUGCAGUCCAUAAAUAGAAAACCAAAAGAAGUUUGUCGGGAUCCCACAGCAAUGAGAAGACUCAGGACCCCUGAUGUUAUGAGGAUGUCUAUUUAAAUGUUUGUAAUUUAUUGUUUAAAAAUAAAGUCACUUUGAAUUUCA